AUGAAUUCCCCAGUCACUCCACAACCACAGUUUUUGUCCCAUAUGUCGGCUACUGCUCUCGCUGCUCAGCCCUCCACUGCAAGUUGGUCAAAUGCACCGACCGGACCAUUACGAUCUGCCACGAACACACCAACUGGAUCAUACUUGAUGCCGACAACUCCCGCCAAGCCUGGCACUCGAGGCGGCGACCGAGAGGCCAAGAAGCCAAUGAUCAGGAAGUCCACAGGUCAGAAACCAGCAUGCUUGGUCAAUGCAUCGGUGACUUAUUGCGGAAAUGACCAGAUAUAUGCAUUCGGCGGCUUCGACCAGUUUACUGAUGAGGUUUACAACCAUGUCUUGCGAUUAGAUCUAAAGUCGCUUAAUUGGGCUCUUGUCGACAAUUAUGGCGACAUACCUGGCGUGCGCAUGGGUCAUUCAGCUUCUCUGUAUCAAGGCGACAAGCUUUUAGUCUAUGGUGGUGAGAACGAGCAUCGAGAGUACUUGUCAGAUGUGGUCAUCCUGGACCUCAAGACACAUCACUGGACUCAGCCUGAGGUGCACGGAGUGGUGCCAAAGGGGCGAGCUCGCCAUGCUGCUGUGGUCUACGAGGACAAGCUGUUCAUCAUAGGAGGCCUGACAGGAGAAACGAAUUACAUCCUGGACGAUAUAUGCUACCUCGAUCUGAAAACAUGGACUUGGUCAAAAACUUGGACGUUUGUGCAGCGGUUUGAUCAUACUGCAUGGGUAUGGGGUGGUCGGUUAUGGGUCUUCGGUGGACUAGGCAUGGACAUGGAACGCUCGUCCGAAAUUUGGUGGCUAGACCUCAAAGGCAGCUCCGCCUCAAGAUGUGGGACUGCUACUGGACGGAUGGGUCCUCCUCUUGUUGGACAACAUGGACGAGCUGACCCUUUCGGCAGCCACCCUAGAACCGAGUCCUACACAGCAAACUCUACAAGUGUGCACAUACGUUCGAGAAGAGGUGGACCAACAGCACCUGGCGCUAUUUCCACCCUGAGAUUUUUGUCGGGUCCUUACGUGCCUAUGCAAAAUUCAGGGACGCAUUUUCACGUCUGCUCUAGUGGAGCGCUUUUGGAUUUUGUGUCUCCUGCUGCGACUAUUCGUCACAGUGAUUGCAAUUUGUCGACCCUGGAGCUGGAUUCGAUGCGAUGGCAGAAGCUCGUGGAAGGACCGGAAUUGUUUGGUCCAGGGUACAAAUGGCAUUACUGCACUAUGAACGAGGAUGGAACAAAAGUCUGGCUACUAGGUUCACCCACAGAAGAAGGAAACAGCAAUGCAGGUGGUGAGCAACAACUGAGUGAGGUCCUCUCAAUCGACCUCCGGAGAUAUGGUCUGCUAGGCAACGACAGCACACCAUCGUCGGAACAGAAUCGCAUUCUGGCAGCUGAAAGAAUUUCGUCAGCGAGUGUUGGUCUGGGUCAGGACUUGGCUGCCAUGUUCGAUCAGCCGCCAAGUACAGGUAGUAUGGUCGACUUUGAGAUUACUGCUGAAACAGAUGGAUCGCUGUUGGACGACGAUGAAUCUGACAUGGGGUCACUUACUCCUGUGGCAGGUUCUUCCGGACUUGGCACGCCUGUUGCCCGACCCAGCUACAGCUCGAGCAGCAACAUCCCACCACCAAUCCAUGUCCACAAAUUUAUUCUGCAAGCUCGAUGGCCACACUUCAAGCGACUACUGAGCUCAAAAAUGCUUGAAUAUCAAACGAACAAGCUCCACAUUCCAGAGCCAUACUCCGUGGUGCGGGCAUUCCUCUACUAUCUGUAUACCGAUGACAUCUCGUCAAAUACGGCCUAUUGUCGCGAUCUGGGAGACGUCGCUGCAAACCUGUACGAUAUGCCGAAAUUGAGACUUUUAUGUGUCAAUCGUCUAUCCCGCGAGAUUGACACCGAGCAUGCCGCUGUUAUCUGGGAGCGCGCAGGUCGUACCGAAGAAGAGUGGUUGAAGAACCGAGCUGCCAGAUUUUGCAUGAUGAACUGGGGCCGUGUCGUCCGUACUGAUGGUUUUAGAAGUCUCAGUCGCACGUCGCUUAUGGAGCUCUGCGAGGUAGUCGAUACCGAAGGAAGAGUUGUGGGUGGCGAAGAACUCGACGAUGGCUUCAACAUCUCAGCAGGAUAUCCUGGUGCGAACACCAGUGGUCGUCGCCGACAUCGAGAUAGUACCACGGAGACGGAAGACGGAGUUGACGACGAUGAUGUCGAUAUGAAUUAG